AUGCUAAAUUACUCACUGAACCGCGUUGGACCAUUGAUUUUGUUCGGAUACACGGAGAAUGACAGUCUACCUCAGCUGCUCUACAACGCCGCCUAUUACACGGUGAACUACGGGCCGUAUUAUGAGCUGCUCGCGAGCGCCAUAUGUUUUAUUGCCAAUGCCUACAGUGCCUUUCGAUUCACCCAUGUUGGGACGUACAGUCGCAAUUUUAGAGUUGUUAUGGUGAGUUUGGAGAGUUGGCAAAAAGUUUGGGUUCAAAUGUCAAUGCAGAGAACUUUUAAGUUCAUUUUUGACAGUAAAAUCUCAGUUGUAUGUGAAAAUCGCAUGCCAACAACCAACAACCAACUAGAGAAUACCGUUUCCACAAAAAAUCAGCUACUUCAAAGCUGGCGAGGAUUUAGCCAAAAACUUUUUCCGUGUGACCACUCGGAUACCCUCCUGACCGCAAAGAUCGUUGAAUGUCUUCAUCGCUCUUGAUAGGCGUGGGCUAAAACUUUCAAGAAUUGAUAUGUGGCCAUGUGUGAAAUUUAAAGAAAAUCUGAGAGUCGCACUAGGGGUCCUUUGUCUUCAAUUUUUACUGAAGUCUAAUAAAUGGGUAUAACAUAUUUGGUAUUAAACAAAAUGGGGAUGUCUAAGGAUUCAGGGAAAAUAAGAAUUUUAACAGUUUGCCAAUAACUAAAAAAGUUAUAGCCAAUUCAAAUGCGUCCAAAAAGUUGCCGCACCCUAUAUAUCUUUCAGACAAAUUUCAGCUAUACUUGGGCCGAAUAUUAUUAAAAUCCGAGAGUUAAAUGAUGAACGCUUCUACGCUAAAUCCGCCAGCCGAUUUUCCAAUAAUUUUGUGACAUUUCGUCGAAUUUUUCAAACAUCUAAAUAUAUUCUUUCAAUCAAUAUUUCAAGCGUUAUUUUUCAAUUUCCAGAUCUCAAUGAACCUUUUCGUCACGGGUAUUGCCAUUCUUCGGCCGAUCUGCUACUUUGUCCCCGAGGAUUACUACCUAACCGAGGACAAAAAGUACAUCUCUGCCUUUAUUAUGUACUCUAUUGGCUACAUUCUACACAUUUGUAUUUUCAUCUUUGACUCCAAAUACAUAUUGAUAGCGUUUGAGCGACAGAUUGCGUUCAAACUUCGGGCCACGUACGAAAACACGCAGGACAAUACGACGAUCAAGGCGUUUCUCCUGUUCUUGUGUGUUGUGUGGUUGGGCGUCACGACCAAAGCGGUUUUUGUCAUCUUCUUCCGCGAGCAUGAUGUGGAUGUGGCGCUGCAGAAGGCGUUCAUGAUGGACUCCAGUUUCUACACGUUGAUGGCGGCGCAUGUUGUCGCGCUUGCAUCGUGGUUUUACGGGUGUUACGUAGGUUGGAUUAUGCUAUAAAAAAAAAUUUUUUCUUUAGGUAUUCAAUAACCUAAGUAAGCGGGCAAAACAUAUCCGGCGUUACGGGACAACGCUAACCGAAGCGUUUAUUAUCAAAGAGGUGGUGAAUGUGAUUCAAGUGAUCAGCCCCAUUAUAAACGCUUACAUUUGCAUCAUGGUGGUGGCUGUUAUUAUCUUGGCGUAUAUGAUACCGAGCUACAUGUUGGGGGUUAUGGUUGAAGAGGAUGUUCAUUAUCAUGGCCUUGUUACAGUAAGUGGUGAUCGUGGGGCUCUGUAUGAGAGUUCUACGGCUUACAGUUCUAAGAGAGCUAGACUUUGGAAGCGCCGGUUUUGAUAAGAGAUUUAUCUCAUGUAAAGCUUCUGGGCAAGAUGACGCCAGAUUUCACGUCAAUCCAGCGCAUUUCUUAAACCGUUUCAAUUCGUAUCGUUUUCAUUAAAAGAGAGACGAAAUUUCACGAAAUUAUCGGCACUUUCUUCGCCCGAAAUAACCGUUUUUUUCGAAAAGGAAGAAGAAAGAUAAGAAAAUGCUUUGUAUCGGAUAGUGACAUUUCGUUUUGAACGAAUCACAAAAAAGGGGCGGGAAAUUUUUAUUCUAUUUUGGAUUGACGUGCAAAUAUAAUUUACAACAUCUCCACCGAGAUUUAUUGUUAGUAUUUUUCUGCAAAAUUCACAAAGGUACCACCGCAAACGUGAAAAAUUUCCACUUGUCAUAGGUGUCAUGGUAUAAAAAGAUCAAAGGUGAAUGACACAGACGCCGCGGCGAUACCAUAAUCAACAAUUUUUGUGGGUGAAUAGCAGGGUUAAUGGGAAGUGUUGGAUUGCAGGGAAGCACCUUGUUUUUUUCAAUUUUUAACUUGUAAUCGGGAAAUUGCCAUUUAUGUGCCCAUGUGUGGCCGAGGGGAACAUUUUCAAACUAUCAAUUUUGCCCGCUUUCAACCUAAAAAAGCUCGAUUUGCAAGGAAAACCAAAAAAUUUGGUCAUCCCUUCCGUUCAACACUUAAUACCACAUCUUUCCUGUUUCAGUUCGAAUACAUGCUAAUAGACACCUACAAUCUCUACGCGAGCUGUUACAUGAUAUGGCACUUCAAGAACCUACGACGAGCCUUAUUCGAGGACAUUACCCGCUGUUUGCGGCGGAAAUGCGUUACGGAAGUGGAGCCGGAGCCGCUGGAGUGCUACAAUCGGACGCAAGAAGCGGAGAUCUACUUCACAAAUUUGAAAGAUAUGUGGAACACGUAG